AGACCAUGCAGACGACUUUUCCCGAGCUGCUGCUAUUCAGCACUAUACUGUAUCAGCUCACCACUGGCUGCUUGCCGGAUUCUCCCUCACCACCGCCGUCGCAUGAUGCCAUUGUGGCGCGCGACCAGUGUUGCCACACUUCAUCGGCAUCUUCCGCGGGCUCGGAGUGCGAGCCUGUGGCUUCAUCGAGCUCGCUAGUAGCUUCGUCAAGCUCACCGCGCCCUCCCACACCUACCAAACCUCGGACCCGCGGCCUUCAACGACUGCGGCGCAAGGCGCCACCCCCGCUGGACACUUCACUCCAGCCGCCAUCCGACACGCCCACCAACGAAGAAAAUGCCGCAACACCACCACCCACCGCAGAGCUAGCCUGCCUACCUUACCUCCAGCAACGCGAAUACCGCGACGUGCUCGUCUUCCGCAUACCGUAUCCCGUCGCUGAUUGCCAGGGACGCGCUUGGGGCACGCGAGGGCGGCACUUGCUGGAUCGAUGCAAGUUCGGUACGCGGAGGCAGCGGUUAAUAGCAAGGAUCCUUUUGCGGGCGGAGGGGUAUACGACUUUGCUGCCGGAGGAAGAGGAGGGGGAUAUCGGGCGGUUUUUCAGACAGUUCCAAUAGGUGGAGGCAGACGUCAGGUUGUGGUAUACGAUGUGCAUGGGGUUGGUGGCACAUAAUGUGCAUGCCCUGGUGGGUAUAAUUUACUACUACGAUACGCACGAUGGCUUGUAGUCAUCAUGGAGGGGGUGUACAGUCCACAUAGGAUGUAGAUAAUGUCGAAGGGUUGGGGGUGAGCGUGAGCUAGGCGGCACAUAUCCUAGGGUGGCACGUACCGAUGACAAUGGGACGAGUCGAAGAG